CUCCGUGCCGUUCACUCCUGGAACAAUGAGGAAGCUGAUCUUGGUGGCUGUGAUCCUUCAGCUGGUGAUCACAGUCGACAUAAAUGGAUUCCAGUUUGGAGAUAUCAUUUCUUUCAAACCCAAGAGCUGUAAAGGAAUUUCCUACCAGCACUAUGCUGUCUAUGUGGGCAACAGAACACUCCCUGGUAAAGAAGACGGGCAGAACAUAUUUGAACGCAUAAACAAAAAGCCUUCCUGUGUUUUCUCUACACUGGACAUGACUGAGGAGCCUGAGGUGUUCAAUUACCUCGAUGGAUACAAGGACAAGAAAGGAAAGGAGUGGAAGGCAGGAACUGAGGCAGAAAUGACCGCACGCAUCAACGAACGAAAAGCCAACUGUUGGCCGUAUAAUCUCUUGCUCAACAACUGUGAACACCUUGCUACCUAUGUGCGUUACGGAGUAAGGGUUGCACUGCAGUACAACAUGACUGGUGAAACACACUCUAUUAACAACCCAUUCAGAAUCAGUGCAAAAGAUGCGGUGAAGUACAUAAGAGAAAAUGAAGGGUGGCUCAACAAUGGCGCCGGCUUACAAGUAUUCCCUCAGUUAACCCUCUCAGUGUGUCUUGCUCUCUUCUGCAUUUUCCUUAUGUGAUAGUCAGGGGCCAUUACAGGAAGUGGGGCGAUACAUUCCUUAAUGUAGAACAGGGUCUGACAGCACAGGAGCAUCUGCAGUUUCUACUUUGAUACAAAUGUUUGAGAAAGAAUGUCAAGUCAGGAUGUUCUCAUAUAUUCUCACACCUCAAGCUUUUUUUCGCUCUAUUAUAACCACAGAGCUUCUUCCCAUAACCUUUUGUCCUUUCAGUUCUGUCACAACGAGGCUUUUUCAUACGUAAAUUUCGUAUGUAGCUUCUGUGUUCUAGUUCCUCCGUUCAUUCUCUCAGACUCUUCUGUGAUGUACUGAACCUUCUUUGC